AAAAUAAAAACAGAUGUGCAUAGUCAGCACUGGACUAGUAGACUGAAUCUACAGCUAUAAAAGUAGUAGUACAGAGAAUGCAAAAAUCCUCAAUAACCUCAAGUAAUUGCGCCUCCAUUAUGUACUGAAAAAUUCUCCAUAAAUCCUUCUUCAUUCAGGUUUUUUUAGCCAUGGAGUUAGCAGAUAACAAGAUUUUGAAUGUGGGGUUGCUAUUAGCAGCCACCCUUUUGGUAGCAAAACUCGUAUCAGCACUAAUUAUGCCCAGAUCUAAAAAAAGAUUACCACCAGUAAUCAAAUCUUGGCCAUUAAUUGGUGGUUUAAUCAGAUUUCUCAAAGGACCAGUAGUUAUGCUUAGAGAGGAGUACCCUAAGCUUGGAAGUGUGUUCACUUUGAAUUUACUGAACAAGAACAUUACUUUCUUUAUUGGUCCAGAAGUUUCUGCACAUUUUUUUAAAGCCCCAGAAACAGAUCUUAGUCAACAAGAAGUUUAUCAGUUCAAUGUGCCUACAUUUGGACCUGGUGUUGUGUUUGAUGUUGAUUAUACAAUUAGACAAGAACAGUUUAGGUUCUUUACUGAGUCUUUAAGGGUUACUAAGUUGAAGGGAUAUGUGGAUCAGAUGGUUAUGGAAGCUGAGGAGUACUUCUCCAAAUGGGGUGAUAGCGGUGAAGUGGACUUAAAGUAUGAAUUGGAGCAUCUUAUCAUACUGACAGCUAGUAGAUGUCUGUUGGGUGAAGAGGUUCGCAAUAAACUCUUCGACGAUGUGUCUGCUCUCUUCCAUGACCUGGACAAUGGGAUGCUUCCAAUCAGUGUUAUCUUUCCCUACCUUCCGAUUCCAGCUCAUCGCCGACGUGACAAUGCCCGGAAGAAGCUCGCGGAGAUCUUUGCAACCAUCAUAAAUUCUCGAAAACGUACAGGCAAGGCAGAGAAUGAUAUGUUACAAUGCUUUAUCGACUCGAAGUACAAAGAUGGACGGUCGACUACAGAGUCUGAGAUCACAGGUCUUCUAAUCGCUGCUCUUUUCGCUGGGCAGCACACCAGUUCGAUCACCUCCACUUGGACGGGGGCGUACCUCCUGUGCAACAACAAUUACAUGUCUUCCGUUGUAGACGAACAGAAGAAUCUGAUGAAAAAGCACGGGGAUAAGGUCGAUCACGACAUCCUUUCCGAGAUGGAAGUCCUCUACAGAUGCAUAAAGGAAGCCCUAAGACUCCAUCCUCCACUGAUAAUGCUUCUACGUAGUUCGCAUAGUGAUUUCAGUGUUACAACCCGAGAAGGAAAAGAGUAUGACAUUCCUAAGGGCCAUAUUGUUGCAACAUCGCCUGCUUUUGCAAACAGGCUGCCACAUAUCUACAAGAAUCCGGAUACUUAUGACCCUGAUAGAUUCGCUCCCGGUAGAGAGGAAGAUAAGGCUGCAGGAGCAUUCUCAUAUAUUUCUUUUGGUGGAGGCAGGCAUGGUUGUCUGGGGGAACCAUUUGCUUAUCUGCAGAUAAAAGCAAUAUGGAGUCAUUUGCUGAGAAAUUUCGAGUUUGAACUUAUCUCGCCUUUCCCUGAAAUUGACUGGAACGCUAUGGUUGUCGGUGUCAAAGGCGAAGUAAUGGUGAAGUACAAGCGCCGAAAGCUGUCAGCUGAAUGAGCAGAUAGCAUCUCUGCAUGAAUGUAGUAACUUAAGAUCAUUUAUGUUGGUUGGUUAGCCUUAUUUCCGUUUUUUGAUGUUGACUUCUAUGUUGAUGUUGGUCUUCUUUCCCUUAAUUUGGAAAAGUUUUAACCUGUUUCUCUUGAAGAUUGCAAUGACUAAGAUUAUGUUACUAGAGUGUGCUGUUUUAGACCUUAUGAUUUAGUUAAGUUUGUGUUUUCUUCCA